CACCUCUAUUUAAUUCUUCUUCUCAUAAUUCCAUUGAACAAAUUUGAAUAUAAAUUUUAAUUUUUGAUGGUUACUUCUUCAGCAAGGUUAGCUGUUCAUUAAAAGUUCGAUUUUGAUUGUGUUUUAAGAAAAGAUGGCUGGGAACUAUAGAUUUGCCAUGGAUCAAAAGGAUAUUGUAAGGACACUGAUUACAACUGUGGGAAGUUUCACUCAAGAUCGGUUGAUCGACAAAGAACAAAGGGUCCAACACAAAGAACAGUGUGCUGAGAGAUUAGCUGCCGAAGAUGGAAGCUCGGGAAACGAUUCCGAGGUUCGAUAUUCUGAUCAAGCCGUGCUUGCAAAUCUCGACUGGGGAAUCGAUGCCCUUGAAGAAGCUAUCAAUACAUCGAAUAUUGAAACUAAGCAUGCCAGGUUAGAUUAUGCUGAGAAGAUGCUUCAUGUGUGUGCUAUGUUGACUUCGGAUCAGAAAACUGCUGGUGUCCCUAAUCCUUACCUAUCUGCAUGGGCUUAUUUGAACCUUUCGUACCUAUGGAAACUGCGGAACGAUGUCCAUAACUCGGUUCUUCAUGUUCUCGAGAUGUUUAUAGUCGAACCCUUUUUUUCGAGGAUUGAUUUCGCUCCCGAACUUUGGAAAAAACUGUUCCUCCCACACAUGAGCUCAAUUGCAGGGUGGUAUGCAGAGGCUAGGCAUAGGCUUAUGAUGGAAGUAGUCCCUGAUUCUUCUGAUAUGUCUUUUACAGCUGAUUUGGAUCAAUUCUUCAAGGAGUCUUUGGUUUUCUCGAUGAGGCCGGAUCAAAUGAAUAAAUUGAAGAAACUCGAGCAACUUUAUAGCGAAUCAUUAGACGAGAAUACACGAUUGUUUGCCAAGUACUACAAAGAUUGUAUGAAUUCUGAUUUGAGUCCGGGUGCUAGCAAGAAAGUUAUGGCUCCUAUGUUACCGAUUGCUGAGCCACCAAUGACUCCUCUACACGAGGUGAGCCGGUCGAUCCCGGAUUAUGUAAAAUUCGGUCCUAUACUACCUAAAAGCGCAGGAUUUUCCCCGGUUCUCAAAUCUAAACAUUGUGGAAGAGAAGGAAACAACAGAGUGAGUUUAAAUUCUUCAGCUUUUCUGCAUGACAUGAAUGAAUCUGCUGCAUGGGAUUCUCAUGAUGGUGUACCUGAGGGAAACGAAGAUGAUUCAGAUUAUGAAGCCAAUGAUGGUUCCAUAGGAUUAACGGUUCAACAACAGGCGAAACUUAAUCGAACUCGAUCCCCAUCGAUCUUUUCACCUGCAGAUUCACCUAGAACGUCUUCCUCAAAAACUUCAUCCCCGAAGUCCGAUGUGAACUCCAGGAAGGAAUCGAGAUCGUUGUUGCGUCUUCUAUCAUGUCGAAUCGCUGCUCCAAGUGAUGCUAUCUCUUUGCCUAUCUCACCUAGCAAGAGUAAUGAUCAUAGCAUAAGCUCAGCAGAUUCGAAUGGUGAAGUGAUAGAAAUGCCGAAAAGCUGUAGGAAGAAUGAUGGUCGGCCUUUGAGUACGAGUUACGAUUAUGUGAACAUCCGAACAUCAGAAAACAGUUUUCAGAACGAAAGUGAUGAAGGUAGCCUUAGCUACGUUUCGCUCCCUUUAUCCGAGAAGCUGACUCCACAUUCGAAAGCACUGAAAGAUUUUGUCUGCCCCAUCACAGGCCAGAUCUUCAAUGACCCUGUUACACUCGAAACAGGUCAGACUUAUGAACGAAAAGCUAUUGAAGAAUGGCUUAACCGAGGGAACACCUGUCCGAUUACUCGGCAACCGCUCUCUUCGAACGUACUGCCUAAGACAAACUAUGUUUUGAAGAGGCUAAUAACAUCUUGGAAAGAGCAGCAUCCUGAACUUGCUCAGGAGCUUUUAUAUUCCGAAACACCAAAGGCUAAAUUCAGCUCCCCCUUAGGGAAAGAAAUUGUAUUGGUGUCCCCAUCGAACCAAACAUCUGAGUUCUCGAACUUCAAGGCCAUGGAUGAUCAUGUAACACAAAGGGGUAAAAGGUUCACACGACCGGUGGUAGCCACAUCGCCGACCAGUGUGAUAUCACAGGCAGCAGUUGAGAUGAUCAUCAACGAAUUAAAACCUUUUGUGUCAUGUCUAUGUACUUCAAACAACCUAGAAGAAUGUGAAUCAGCAGUGCUUGAAAUUGCUAGACUAUGGAAGGACUCAAAGGGUGAUGCUGCAGUUCAUUCUUAUUUAUCGAAACCAACAAUCGUUAACGGAUUUAUGGAAAUACUAUCAGCUUCUCUUGAUAGAGAAGUUCUUAGGACCUCGAUUUACAUCCUUUCUGAGCUACUUUUCGGGGAUGAGAACAUUGGGGAGACAUUAACAAGUGUAGAUUCAGACUUUGAUUGUCUCGCUGCUUUACUCAAGAAUGGCCUAGCAGAGGCUGCAGUUGUUAUGUACCAAUUGAGACCGUCAUUUGCUCAGCUUUCGUCUCACGACCUCGUCCAUUCCCUUAUGCAGAUCAUACUAUGCAAAAACGAAGAAUCAGUUGACCUUUUGUUGAUGAUCAAACCCAAGGACGCCGCUAUAGCGAUGCUCGAACAAAUAUUGAUGAGAGGAGACGAAAACAGCCGGUCCUUAAAUGCCUUGACCGUUGUUUCGUCGAAUGGAAUUGCUUCCCUGGUGAAGUGCCUGCAUAGGAUUGAAGGAAGGAGGUCUGUUAUUUCCAUACUUUUAUGUUGUAUGAGGGCAGAUAAAAGCUGCAAGAAUCUGAUAGCAAACGGAAUCGAACUAUCAUAUGUUCUCGAGCUAUUUCACACCGGCAACGAUAGUAUACGAGGCAUAUGCGUAGACUUUCUCUCCGAAUUGGUUCAGCUGAAUAGGAGAACGCUCUGCAAUCAGAUGUUACAAAUAAUUAAAACCGAAGGAGCUUUUAGCACCAUGCAUACUUUUCUUGUGUAUCUUCAAAUGGCUCCCAUGGAACAACAACCUGCCACUGCCGCUCUUCUUUUGCAACUUGACCUCCUGGUCGAGCCACGGAAGAUGAGCAUUUAUCGGGAAGAAGCUAUAGAGGCAUUGAUCGAAGCACUCCAAAAAAAGGAGUUUCCGAAUCAACAAAUGAUGGUUCUCGAUGCAUUGCUAUCACUUCCUGGCCGCAUUACUUCCUCAGGGGAGUCCUAUAUUGAAUCAUGGCUACUCAAGGUUUCAGGGUUCGAUCACCCUUACAAUGCUUUAGUGAAGGCAGACUGGACUGAAACAACGGAAGGGGAAGAGAAAGCUGUGUGUUCAUGGGAGAAAAGAGUGGCAUUUUCCCUUUGCAACCAUGAAAAGGGUUGUAUUUUCAAAGCAUUGGAGGAAUGCUUCAAAAACAAUUCCUUAAAAAUGGCGAAAUCAUGCCUUGUGAUUGCUACAUGGCUCACUUACAUGCUUUCGACACUCCCCGAUACCGGAGUACGAGAGGCUGCUCGCGAAUCGUUGCUUGACGAAUUCAUAAAUGUCCUACAAUCAUCUAAGAACUUGGAGGAGAAGAUAUUGGCGGUCCUUGCUUUGAAAACCUUCAUUAAUGAUCCAACUGCCAUUGAAGAACUGGGAAAGUAUGCUAAAUGCAUAUACAAAACUUUGAGAAAGCUCAAGAGGAAUUCAUUUGUGGCAAACGAAAUACUAAAAGCUUUAAUGAAUUUAUCAUCUGUCAAUGCAACAGAAAUGUGGAGCUGUAUCGAUGUCGUCGAGUUAGAUUUGAGCACCAAUGGCGAGGUACUAUGUAUGGUUUAUUUUAAGGGUUGUUUGAUAAGCAGUCAUUCAGAUGGAACCAUAAAGGUUUGGGAUGCUGGGAGAAGACGGUUAAGGCUGGUUCAAGAAGCUCAUCAUCACAUCAAAGCUGUUACAUGUUUGUAUGUUCCAUCUUCAGGUGACAGAUUAUAUAGUGGUUCCUUGGACAAAACGAUUCGGGUAUGGGAAUUGAAACCAGAAGAAAUACAGUGUGUUCAAGUUCAUGAUGUGAAAGAGGCUGUGCAUGAAUUUGCAGCAAAUUCUAAAUUUGCGUGCUUUAUUUCUCAAGGAAAUGGAAUUAAGGUUUAUAAUUGGUCAGGGACUCCAAAGCAUAUAAAUUUCAAUAAAAGUGUGAAGUGCUUAGCCAUGACCGGAAAUAAGCUAUAUUGUGGUUGCUCUGGAUACAACAUACAGGAGCUGGACUUGUGCAGUGGUACAGUGAGCACAUUCUAUAUAGGAACAAGAAAAUUGCUGGGAAAACAAACAGUAAAUUCUCUAAACAUACAUGAUGAUCUUCUCUUUGCUGGUGGUUCUGCUGUUGACGGAAUUUCAGGAAAGGUAUUCUGUCGAAGCAGCAAGGCAGUAAUGGGAACAUUUCCGACGGGAUCCGACAUCCAAAGAAUUGCAGUGAACAAUGACUUCAUAUUUACAGCCACAAAACUUGGGAUCAUUGAGGUUUGGUUGAAAGAAAGAAUGAGCAGAGUCGGUUCCAUUAAAAUGAAGGGUAAGGCACAUGUAAAGAUUACAUCCUUGGUUUCAGACAUUGAUGGCGGAAUGCUUUAUACUGCAUCCUCUGAUGGAAAAAUCCAGGUUUGGGCUCUGGACUAAAUUGGGUUCCAAUUUGUAAUUAUCUAUCG